GAAUUGUGUUUUGGAGUAGCGAUGGAGUCGGAGGGCAAAAUCGCUCACCUGUGAACGUGCGGGGUCGAAUUAGUAGCCCACUUCUAUUUAUUCAAUGAUUUGGGAUUGUAUUGUUAUCAUUGCAGACGGGGUCCCUGUAUUGUCAUUGCUUUUCAUGUAUAGUGCCGGUGUUCCUGCGCGACUCCGUGUGGUAUAUGCUUGAUUUGGCGUGUAGUUGCACAUUAUAUUAUAAACAUAUAUCCACGAAGUAUUUUGUACAUACGUUCUUCGCAAUAUAGGACCGGAUACUCUUCGAAAAACUAUAGUUACUCCCCAAACACAUAUUCACGAUCUAAUUCUUGUAUGUCCUUCGCAAAAUUUGUAGGACCAGAUACUCUCCGAAAAACUAGUCGCGGGUAAAAUACCGUAUUUCUGUUUAUGAGGAAGCGUAUCUUGUCUAUGGGAAAGUGCCUCUUAGCUUUUCAAACAUAACUGAUCGAAAUACUUCAUGAAACCCUCGAUGACUGCGUUGGGAAAGAUUUUCAUACUUUGGACACCAAGCGCCUAAUCAUGCUAAUAUUGCAAAAAUAGAAAUUCAGUCACUUGCAUAAGUUAAGACUCCUUAAUCAAACACGAUUGCAAUGCUACUGGGGCGUGAGUAUUACUCAAUAUUUACAAUAGCUAUCAAGGGACGCGAGAUGUCGGGAGAGAUCCCGAUUGCUUUUAAACUUUGAGAACUCGUAGAAGAUUAAAGAUGACCUUUAUAUCGACACACUUCACGUGCAAGAACAGCCCUUGAGAUCCAUGAAAUAGUAAAUGAGACCUUUAUACCGACUGAAAUACAUAUCAACUCCAUACUUAUUAACUUGUUAAUAUCUCGAUAUAAUUUUAUCAACAUGGGUACAAAGGUGAAGGGAAAGAGAGGACCAAACGAGACAGAAGACGAGACGUUGAAGAAACAAAAGAAGAAGAAAAGAAUCUGGUCGUUUCGACUGAUCCGCAAACGCAAGAGACUGUCCCAGUCGCAGGAGUUUCUUCACGAUACCCAAGCUCAGAACUUCAGGAUCGAACUCGAGAUCGAUGAGCAGGUGGAGAACGAAAGCGACGUCGAAAUGGUGGUUGAGGACGACAUCGAGCAUCAUGGCCCGCCCACGGAAGACGACAUCGUUAGGGAUACUAGAUCCGACGGUGACCACGACGUGGUUGACGGGAUGGACGAGCCGACUGCUAAACGCAGAGGAGCAGACGAAAAGAAACGACUGUUCAAGAUUUGGGGAAUUUCAUUCAGUAUAAAAAAGCGCAGGAAGAAAACAGAGUAUUCCAAGUUUUCCGAAUCGACGGACAAUAUUCUGGGUGAUCCACAUCAAACCGAACUAAAGGCAGAUGAAGAUGUUCAUGAUAGAGAAAAUAGAAAAAAGACUAAAAAGACGAACUCAAAGAGGUAUGUCCGCUUCGAGACGGACAAUGAUGACGACAAAGAGAACAUGGCGAUGUCGAUAGAUGACGCGGAGGACAAUGAAAUCAACAACCAGCCACAUUCGUCGUCGAUGACGCCGAAGAAGAAAAAGAAGUCGACUAAAAAGAGGAUAGCCAAGGCUAGUAGGAAAACAGGUCGUGUUUUCCGAGAUGGAAUGAUCCAAGUAGGUCACAACCUCCAGUAUCUGUCACCGAUGCCUACACCCCAUGUCUUUGCGGAUCCUAGUAAGAAGAAAGCCAGCUACACAGACACGCCCAAGAAAAGAAACUACAAGUACACUGCCAAGGCCCCGCCCACCAAUCCGUACGGAUUUCUGUAAAGUUUAAUUAGGACACAGCCCCCCCCCCCCCCCACUCCCCAAGGUUUAGGAUUCAGGGCUUCGCCCACCAACCCUUAGGAAUUCUUUUGAUAUUUGAGACACAGUACCUCGCCCACCAACCUGCAUGGAAGAAUUCGUUUAAUAUUCAGAACACAAGGCCCCACCCACGAACCCGUAUGAACUAAUUUAAGGUUAAGGACACAGGGCCCCGCCUACCAACCUGCAACUACCUACAUGGAUUAAUAUUCAGGACACAAGGCCCCACCCACGAACCCGUAUGGAUUCAUUUAAGGUUAAGGACACAGGGCCCCGCCUACCAACCUGCAACUACCUACAUGGAUUAAUAUUCAGGACACAAGGCUCCACCCACGAACCCGUAUGGAUUCAUUGAAGGUUUAGGACACAGGGCCCCGCCUACCAACCCGUAUCAUUCUUUAAGGGUUAAGGCACAAUGCCCCGCCCACCAACUCUUAUACAUACUGUUGUUAAAGGUUUAGGAUUCAGGACCCCGCCCACUAAUUCGUAUGAUUGAUCAGGCAUUGGAGAAUUAGGACACACGACCCACCCACCAACCCAUAUGGAUUCGUUCAUGUUUUAGGACAUUAAGACAAUAAACUGACACAUUAUGUUUGAAAAUUCCAAUUUAGAUAGGCGACGUUUUCAUAGUGAUUAAAAAUCAAUUGUGAAAUAUAGAAAUUAACAUUUCUGUAUAUUUCAGUACUGUUGUUUAUUGAUGUAUUUUUCGUUCAGGAUGAAAGGACAGUUGCAGUGGUCAAGGUACAAGUACUUCUUAAAACACAUACACAUACAUACGAAAUAUGUUGGUUAUUAGCAUAGCUGUGAAGACUAUAAAUCGCCUAGAUAUUAUUUACGUUUUUCCACUUAUUGUCUAGAGUAUCUCUGCCAAAAGUGUUUUAGAUGACUUUUUGUUUAGAAUAGUACGUUAGAUGACUCGUAAUUGUCCCCACUAUGGAGAAAUUAUGACGACUAUGUAUUUUAUUUACUUAUUCUUUUCAAUAAAGAUAUGGAUUCUUUCAAGUAGGUUAUAUAAAUACUCUAUCAAGAAUCACUGCACGCGCAGAUUGGAUUAUAUUUUCCCUAGGUCUUUAUAUUACCGGUAUUUGUUUGUCUUUGUUUAUCUCUAAUUAAUGAGGACAGAAAUAUAUUUUUUACUUUAUCAAGUAAUGACGAAAUUUGUUUCGAUGUGAAAACGGGGUCCCGUAAUGUUCCAAUACUGUUUCAUCUUUAAUUUAAUUUAGAUGCUGAAGUAUAAUUGCGUAAGCUGUAUUGCAAAACGGUAAACGCUCCUCAACAUAGCAUAACGUCUACAGAAAAAACACUUUAAAAGGGUCCCUGCAACCAAAAUCUAAGUUGGCUCCUUUUGAUGGACAGUGCUGAAUACAACUCAUAUGUUGCUUGUUAAGUUUCAGAAUAUGUUUUUCAUAGGUUUUUGAAGAAUUUUUAAAGGAUAUUUUUUACCUUACAAACCUUUAUUCUAUAUAUAAAAAAUAGCGCAGAUCAUAUUCCUAUAGCGACAUCAUUUUAUCAAUCAUUAGACCAUGAUGGGGAACAUUCAAACAAAAUGUGUGAUCAUCGAAGUGUUUAAAGAAUUAGAUAUUGCAGUAUAGCAUUUUGGAACCAUUAAUUUUAACCCGUUUUAUCGUCCAAACUUCUGAAUACUGAUAUAUAUAAAUAGAUAGAGGUGUUGUAGCUCAGCGGAUAUGUCUCCAGAGCUUGAACCACAAGGCCGGGGUUCAAAUCCCACCGCAGCACUAGCGUCCUUUGGCAAGGCGUUUAUCUACAUUUGCCACUCUCCACCCAGGUGUAGUUAAUGGGUACCCGGUAGGAAGGAAUUCCUUGAACACCCGAGCAACCGAUCAUAGCCAUGCUAAAAACCGGGUUAGCGCGUAGAAACAUUUGUAUUAAGCGCUAUAUAAAUGUUGCACAUUAUUAUUAUUAUAUAAGAAUGGAAUUUUUUGCUUUGCGGGAGGGCGUCUCGCUCGAUUUACACACACACAUAAAAAAAUUGUAAAGAAAAUUAUUGUGGAGGUUUCCAAUCCGUUUCGGGGGAAAAAAUUAACGAAACAGUCGCAAAUAUGUAUGGCGUGUGCGUGUAGUAUAUCAAUAUAGUCUUUUGAGCCACGAGAAACAUUGGAGGCGUUUCACACGUGCCUUGUCAUCUAUUUAAAAAAUGCUAUCGAUUUACGAUAUUGGUAGCUUAUAAUAUUGUCUCAAAACGUAACUCUUCUAAUUUUACUACAUGUACAUUUAUUAUGCCAUUUUCCGCAAACAGUUUUUUUUUCAUCCGCCAUAUUGGCUUUAUAAGUUUUGUUAUUGAUUAUUAAUCAAUAACAAAACAUGAGAAAAUUCUAUCAUCAUUCCUAUUGGACGGCUAUCUUGCAUUCAUUGUGUGUACUUUUUUUAAUUGAAGAUUUCAUUUUAGUAUUUAGUUUCAUGUAAAAUAAUGUUGUUUCGGUGCAAUUAAGACUAGAGACCUAUUAUACUCAAUUUCAUACUUUAAUUUCUGAUUUUCUUUUUAGAAUAAACUCUUGCCACGAAACGCAAAAUAUACGCA